UCGCCAAGCAAAAAUGUCCGCCUAAGGGAAACUCGCAAGUUACAUAUUAAGUGGAUAUUUGCAAACAAGGAGGAGAAAAAUAUAAAAUAUAAUCACACAGAUAUCGAUUUGGUUGUCUUUCGGAGGCGAACCGAGGAGAGACACACCGCCGCUGCCACGCCCGAUCGCCCUAGUCGGAUUUUAAACCGGAGAAAGAGGUUUAGUAAAAGGCCGAAAGGAUGAACCCCCAGCAGCGGAUCGCCGCUCUUGGAACUGAUAAGGAGUUGAGUGACUUACUGGAUUUUAGUGCGAUGUUUUCGCCACCGGUGAGCAGUGGGAAAAACAGGCCGACCACUCUAGGAAGCAGCCAGUUCAGCGCGUCAGGUAUAGAUGAGCGGACAGCAGAGGCGUCCUGGGCCCCAGGUGGCCAGUCCAGCCCUUCGUAUGACGAGUCCUCCAGGGGUUUCGCAGACAGCCCUCAUUAUGGUGAUCACUUGAGUGACAGUCGAUUAGUGUCCCAUGAAGGAUUGUCCCCGACACCUUUCAUGAGCUCCAGCAUAAUGGGCAAGUCUGAGAGGCCUCCGUUUUCUGCUUAUGGGAGAGAACCAGGUGUCUCUGGGUGCCAGUCCACUCUGCGGUCAGACAUGGGAAUGGCCAGUCCAGGACCUGUGACCACGGCUGGGAAAUCGCCUGCUCCUUUCUACUCCUUCACCGGCUCCAAUCCACGAAGACGCUCUCUGCAGGACUCCUCUCCUCUGGAUCCUCACCAAACAAAGAAAGUACGCAAGGUUCCCCCUGGCCUGCCAUCAUCCGUGUACGCACCAUCCCCAAACUCAGAUGACUUCAACAGAGAUUCUCCUUCCUAUCCUUCGUCCAAACCCCCCAGCAGUAUGUUUGCAAGCACUUUCUUCGACGGGACCCACAAUUCCUCUGACCCGUGGAACUCGUCCAAUGGGAUCAGCCAGCCCGGUUAUGGGGGAAUGCUGGGAGGAUCUUCAUCUCACAUGCCACAGUCUGGAAACUACAGCAGUCUGCACUCGCAUGACCGCCUGAACUACCCCCCACACUCAGUGUCCCCCACAGACAUCAACCCCAGCCUGCCGCCCAUGUCCAGCUUCCACCGCAGCGCCGCCAGCAGCUCGCCCUUCGUCACUGCCUCGCACACCCCGCCCGUCAACACCACAGAGGGAGUCAUGGCUGCUGCCAACAGAGGGAACGCCACUGGAAGUUCUCAGACUGGAGAUGCGCUGGGGAAAGCCCUCGCUUCGAUUUACUCUCCGGACCACACCAGCAGUAGUUUCCCUUCUAACCCCUCCACGCCUGUGGGCUCCCCCUCUCCUCUGACAGCCCAGGCGGGCGCUGCCUCCGCAGGUACAGUGGUGACAGCCAGCGGCCCCUCAGGAAGGGCAGGUACAACCCAGUGGCCUCGCGCGGCCGGACAGACCCCGUCUUCCCCAAAUUAUGAAAACUCUCUCCACUCGCUGAAAAAUCGCGUGCAUCAGCAGCUGCAUGAGCAUCUCCAGGAUGCCAUGUCCUUCUUAAAGGAUGUCUGCGAGUCUCGGAUGGAGGAUCGUCUGGACAGGCUAGAUGAUGCGAUCCAUGUCCUCCGGAACCACGCCGUGGGCUCCACCGCUUCUCUGCCCAGCGACAUCCACAGCCUGCUGGGUCAGGCGCACAACGGGCCAAUCGCAGCCAUCGGCUCCAGCUUCCCCACGUCCGGAUUGGUUGCCAGCAGGACAGCAUCUAUGGGCCCUGCUCACCGCGAGGAAGCCGUCAGCCUCAACUCUAACCACACGGGACUGCAGAGCAGCGCCGGUCCAGCCUCCAGCACUGAGCUCAACCACCAGGCCGACACCUUCAGAGGCCUUGCUGGUGGACUGGCAAAUCAGGUGGCACCUGCUCUGGAUCUUAAGAUCGAAGAUCAGGACAAAGAUGACAUGCACGACAGCCACUCCUCUGAAAACCUCAAAUCAGAUGACGAGAGUGACAAAAGGGACAUCAAAACACCCAGAGGAGGCACUCGAACAAGUAGCAUUAAUGAGGAUGAGGAUCUGAACCCGGAGCAGAAGGCGGAGCGCGAGCGCGAGAGGAGGAUGGCCAAUAACGCGCGAGAGAGGCUGCGAGUGAGAGACAUCAACGAGGCAUUUAAGGAGCUUGGCCGUAUGUGCCAGCUGCACCUGAAGAGCGAGAAGCCCCAGACCAAACUCCUCAUCCUGCACCAGGCCGUCGCAGUCAUCCUCAGCCUGGAGCAGCAAGUCAGGGAGCGGAACCUGAACCCCAAAGCGGCCUGCCUUAAGCGGCGAGAGGAGGAGAAGGUGUCUGGUGUUUCGGGGGAGCCCCAGCAGACUCACCCCUCCAUUCACCCCGGCCUGACAGACACAUCCAACCCCAUGGGCCAUCUGUGAGCACUCUACAGAUCAAAGUGAUGCAGAGGGAGUCUGUAAGAUAGCGUCGGUGACCUUGCUUUCCAAGGGCAGACAGGACUCACAGCUUGUGACACAAAUUUGAAAAGACAGAGACCACUCGAAGCGAAAUUCCACGGUCAGGCAAUCCUGAGCUCGAAGAAAACUGGCAAGCGCCAAACUUCCUCAGAAGACAUCCGACAUUGUUCAGCAAAUUUCUGCCCAAGAGAAACACACAAACAAAAAGCCCUUCAGCACAUAUCACUGUCUGCAAGCAGUGUGUCACAUCUGUACAAUCAGAGACUGUCGCGGUCCCCUCCACGUGGAAGUUGCCUUGUGCCUAAACUGAAUUGACGAAUGCAUUGUAACAGCAAUUCUUUUUUUUUUGUUGUUGUUUUUUUUAUGUUUGUUUGUUUUGAUUUUUUUCUAUUUAUUAUGUUACUGAGCUAUAAAGUCUAUGUUUAAAGGGAAAGUUAUGACAUUGCUUUGAAAAGCCGGUGGUAUUUCAGUAGAUCUUCAGUUUGCCAGGGUUUCAGCUCAGGAGCUAAACGCCAAUCUCCGGCCAUCCGCUCCUCGCGUUUACACCGUUUUCACCCAACUCGGAUGCUCGAAAUCUUAUCUGUGGCAAUUUUAAAUGAUCAGAGUCUCAAGGCCCCGCCCCUUUUUGUCUAGAAAAAUAAAAAAAUAAGAAGAAAUAAUAUAUUAUUUAUAUUUAUGUUAGAUUCAUUCCACGAGUAACAGCAUGACGAACCAAAACUACCUAAAUGACAUGUUGUCGAGUGUUGCUGAGACUCCAGGCCGCAGCCUUGAACGGAAGCAGAGUGGAGCGGAAAAAAAUGCAGAAAACGGGUGCGUUUCUGCUCCGGCGUGGCAAACUCCAGCUUUACUGAAAGGUCUAAGGUCACCUGCAGGCUGACAUGUUUAUAGUCAUUAGUAAAGCAGUUCAAAUACAGAGAGCAGACCAGUUACUAAACCCUAGCAUUCCUCGCAUACUUCAUAGUGUCUUAACCGAAGGAAAAGAGGGGCGUCGUCUUGUCCUUUUAAUUCCUUUGCCAUAAUAGUGUUAAAGUGGAAAGAAAAUGGCAUUUUUCCAUUUACUGCAGUUUCUUUGUUUUUGUUUUUGUUUUGUUUUUUCCUGAUGUUACAUUAUUUUGGUCUCUGCAGCAGCGGUGGUCAUGCUUUUUGGCGCGUCUGCGCUCAGGACCCUCCUUCUGCGCUUUAGCCUAAAGCUGAGGAAUUAGACAUUUAGCUGUGUCGGAGACGAGAGAGUAGAUUGGAAACGAUGACCACAACAUCACCUGGCCUGAAUUGAAGUUUUGCUUUAUUUUCUUUCUGUCGAAAACCAUUAACAUUUAAGAAAAAAAGAACAAAAAAAAGAAAACCACAAAAAAAUCAUUACUCUAAGUAACCACGUUAUAUGUUUAUUUGUAAUUGCAUACAAAGCAUCUCUAGGCUUCAUAGUAAAGCGUAUAUUGUCGUGUGAAAAUAGAAGAAAGAUAUUCUAAGUUACUUAGGAUGGCUUUGUCUCUCCUUCCCCCCCAAAGCGUUGAAGUACUUGAUAACAGUGAUCAGCAGAGUGAGAGUGCAGUGUCUGUCAUACGAGAAAGAAAGAAAGAAAGAAGCUCUAUGAAUUCAAACGCUGUGACAAAACGCAACAACAAUAACCGACUGCACUCUUAAAAAUAAAGGUGCCACAAAGGGUUCUUCACCCACGCAAGAGCCACUUUUGGUCCCUUAAAAACGUGGAUGCUUCUUCACAGAGCCACUUUUGUAAAGAACCUAUUUAAAGUUUUAAAAACCCCCACACAAGGUUCUGGAGAGAACUCUAAAACUGGUACCCUCUUGAAAAUAAAGGUGCCAGGAAGAACCUCUUUUAGUUCCCUUAAAAACGUCCAGUGGAUGCUUCUGUACAGAACCUUUCAAGAACCUCCACAAGUUCUAGGAAGACCCCUUAAACUGUUGCACUCUUAAAAGUGAAUGUGCCAAGAAAUGUUCUUCCCCCACAGAAGAACCACUUUUGGCUCCCUAAAGAACCUUUCAAAGGAGCGAUAAUGAAAUAUGCGAAUGUAUAGAACCUUUUAACGGUUCAGAGAUCCUCCGCAUAAUGCAAAGGUUCUAGGAAGAACCUAAAUUCGUAAGCAGUAUUCUUUGAACUUGGUUCUUUAGGGAACCAAAAGUCUUUUUUUCUGUGGGUUCACACUGUGAGAAACUUUUGGCACAGGGUACCAGUUUAAGGGUUCUUCCUAGAACUUUAAGAAGUUCUACGGAAAGGAUUCUAGAACACUUACAUUUACAUUAUGUGUAGGAUCUUUAAACCUUUAAAUGGUUAUUGUCUAUCAGUUCGGAGUUUUAGGCAUGGUUCUUUGGGGAGGCAAAAGUGGUUCUUCUGUAGGAUCACGCUGUGAGAAAUGCUGUGUUUUACCAGUGUAAGGGUUCUUCCUAGAACUUAACCUGAACUUUAAAAAGGAGUAUAGAACAUUUACAUGAUGUGAUGGUUCUUUAAACCUUUAAAGGGUUAUUUGUGAUCAGUUCUGUGUUUCAGGCAUGGUUCUUUGGGGAAGCGAAAGUGGUUCUGCCAUGGCACAAAAGAACCCUUUGUAGAACUUUUAUUUUGUUUUUAAGAGUGUAAACAAAACGAUGAACAAACACCAGAUUUUUUUUUGUCUGUUUUCUUAUCAGGAUUCACAUCUUCAUUUUUUUUCCUUUUGAAACUAUUUGUGGUCUUAAUUCUUUCUUUAGCUCGUUUUCUUCCCCGUCUGUUGUCUUCCAUGCAUGCUCACCCUCCACACAACAAAAGCUGCCACGUUAGAAUGACAGUCUAAAGAACAAACACGGACGACGAAUAACAGAUUUCUAUUCGCUCCUUUGUUUUUUUGUUUUCUUUUUUCCUUUCUUUUCUUUGUGGAAAGUCUCUCCCUUUUACUCUCCCUGUGAUAUCCACUAGUCUUUGUGGCCUUGUCAUACAUUUCAGUAUUCACGAGCUUGUGUUGUUGCUGGCUGAAGUUGAUCGAGGUUGUGUCAUCUCUUUGUCUGUUCUGUUUUUUUCUGCUUUUCAUUUUUCCGCGUUUUUUGUUUUUUUUCUGUUCCUUCGCUCCUCUGUUGGAUAUGUUAGUCUUUGCCGUAUGCCCUGAUGCUUUCCCUCAUAAGAAGAAGAAAAAAAAGUAUAUGAAAAGGAUAAAAAAAAAACAUUUGGCUUAUUUUUCACUGUAGUUAGCCUUUUAUACAAUAAUAUUGUAAGAACAUUUCUUGAAUUCUAAAUAUUACUCUUUCUAGAUUUUUGAAAUCAAAAAGUUUUGAGUAAAAAGUUUCUUACUUUAUUUUACUAUAUUAGAUAGUAAAAAAAAAUGUACGGUUAUUUACCAUAACCUGUCCAUUAUUAUUAUCAGAAAAACGAUAGCAUCUUAAGAACAUGAAGUAGGAUUGUAGCUCGAGGUGUAGUGCGUAUGGGGUAUCGUACGAGCUCGAUGUUCUCUAGGAUGUGUUCUCCUUCUCUCUUUCUAGUCUGCAUUGUUGGUUGAAUAAAAGAUUUGAGAUUUGUACCCCUGUCCAAAUCCAAGGUAUUGUCGAUGCACAUCAGAAAUAAAAGAAAACCAGCAGCAAGAAGUCAAACUCUUUUUUUUUGUUUCUGUCUCUGUAACAGAAAACACAAUAUGUAUAUAACAUUUAUGUAGCAAUAAAUGUGCCAUCUUUUUUAACGAGACUGUAUGUGCGUUUAUUUCCUUCUCCACGUUUCUCCUCUCUGUCAUUGCAGUGCUAUUGAUUUGUCGAACAUUGUAAGUUCAUUGAGCUCGUGUACAAAAAAAAAACAAGAACAGGCAAAACAAACAAAAAACAAAUGUAUUCCAGUGAAUGGGCUUCUCACGUCUGCAGUCCUGCCACAGCGUCUCCUCUUUAGAAGACUUUUCUACAGUGGAUUUAGGCCAAAUGAAGAACUCUGUGCAAGAGUGUGUUUUAUACUAUGUAACUCAUUUUUUUGAAGGCAUAUCAGUGGACCAUUGUAGUCUGUAUCGAAAAAGAAGUACUAUGGAACAUAUGUUUCUAUUUUUAAUAAAGUGUGAUAGCAGUA